UGAAAGCCGGGGCAGAAGUGCGGGUCCCGGUCUGGGUCCCCGUCCCCGUCCCGCCGAGGCGGCGACCACGGUAGGAGGAAGGAGGUGUUGGACGCGCGGGCCCUUCGCCACUUUACGUUGCAGCCUUAUCUCAGCUCAGCAUGAACUAUAUGCCCGGCACCGCCAGCCUCAUCGAGGACAUCGACAAAAAGCACUUGGUCCUGCUGCGAGAUGGAAGGACACUUAUAGGCUUUUUGAGGAGCAUUGACCAAUUUGCUAAUUUAGUGCUACAUCAGACUGUGGAGCGUAUUCAUGUGGGCAAAAAAUACGGUGAUAUUCCUCGAGGGAUUUUUGUGGUCAGAGGAGAAAAUGUGGUCCUACUAGGAGAAAUAGACUUGGAAAAGGAGAGUGACACACCCUUGCAGCAAGUGUCUAUUGAAGAAAUUCUAGAAGAACAAAGGGUAGAACAGCAGACCAAGCUGGAAAACGAGAAGCUGAAGGUUCAGGCUCUUAAAGAUCGAGGUCUCUCCGUUCCUUGAGCAGACACCCUUGAUGAGUAUUAACUCUGCUCCGAGGCUAUUGCUCUUGGGGAGCAGGGGCUCUCACUGAAUGAAAAUGACAUUUUUCUUUUGGAUUCUUUCACAUGUGCAACAUGAAGAAAUCAUGUGGCUUUUCCCCCUUUUUAUUAACAAAAUCAUUGUUUAAAGAAAUAGCUGGAUGGACUCCUUUCACACAUCACUAUGGAGCCAGCAACUACUUUUCUAUGUUGCUCUUCUCAUCCCAAAUUAGAGUUUAUAGGGAAUAGUCUUCAUUUGCUUGUAAAUAAAAUACGAAUCUCAAAAAAAA